GGGAAGAUCAGUCUAGAAAAGAGUAAAAACCUGAGCCACCUCGCCUCCCCUCAGGGAUACAGGUUGCAUACGAGGGACAUCAUCACAGUACACCAGGGCUCUGCCACCCUUCCUAAAGCCACAAUGUCACAAUUUUGUACAAUGCCAACUGCAGAGAGGAAGAAGCGUGCAGCAGCUAUUUGCCAAGAGGUUCAUGGUACCAAUGGGGACGACAUGGAUCUUGGGAAAAAGCUCAGUACACCAAAAGAUAUCAUGUUGGAGGAGUUGUCAUUGCUGUCCAACAGAGGUUCACGUCUAUUCAAAAUGCGCCAGAGGAGAUCCGAGAAAUACACUUUUGAAAGUAUCCAAAAUGAGGCAAAUGCACAGCUAAAUAGUGAUCUUUUAACUGAGAAUGCUGAAACUAUUGAAGUUAAAGAAGAUGGGAACACCCCUAAUCACCAAAACAUCGAUCCAGAUAUGCACGAUACGACGGCUGAAAAGUUCGAUGCUACAGCUUUGUCAAAGUCCUAUCACUCCCCGUGGGAGCAGGCUAUCAUCAACGAUCCUGCCCUUGCUGAAACUCUUAAACUUGGAAUGCCUGCCCCUGAAUCAAGACCCGAACUUCCUGACUACAAAUGCUUUAACCGGGUUGCCACCCCAUUUGGUGGCUUCGACAAAGCUCCCAGAGGAAUCACAUUCAAACUCCCCGAGGUGGACCUGAACCCCCUGAGGUACCCAGAACUGCAGGAGCCAGGCACAAAGCGGCCCACCUUCAACAGGACAGCCCAGGGAUGGAUGUCUGAUGGCAGGCCUCUUAGCUUACCCAUAAUUGUUCUGGAGCCCAUGAUGGUCCCUGAGUCUGAUGACCUCUAGAUGAGCCUUGUGUUAUCUGGCAUCAUAACUUUGGUUGCAACCUUUUGGUCUAAGCCCUGUAACCAAAAUGUGCAGUAACAGUCAUAGAGUAGCCCUGCUUUAAUUCUUUCUUGACUGCAUUAUUCAUGUUUGAAUGGCAGGACAAAAAAAAACAUUAACCAAGAAUUAGGGGUUCAUUAUAUUGGAUCUGCAACUUGAAACAACCUCUUUUAAUCUGUGAUGGGAUUGUAAGUAAUCACAUAGAUCUUUAUUGAUUUUUCAUAUACAAUGAACGACAAUCAAUUGCUGGCUUUUAAGCUUAAGUUUGGGGUUUCCUGGACAUGUGAUGAACUUAAACAUUACUUGCACAUGAAUAAAAGUAUGCUAAGAACAUCAUGUAAAUAGCCAAAAAGGUAUCUGUACUACAUUAAGGCAAAAGGCUGUACUAAAAUACCUAAGGGUACUGAAAAUGUUGGCUUUUUGCUUUAAGAAAUGUGAAAACAAGCUGAUCGAUAUGUAAAUAAAUGAUAUGAGACUUUCUAUGAUGCCAUAAAAGAACAAGCUGCA